AUGCCGGCCUCACUCACCCUCUCCCCGGACGAUAAAGACAAGAUCAAGCGGGCCGUCCCCAAGGGCAGCAACAAGAUCAUCACGGCUACUGUAGCGAGGAUAUACGAGUGUCCUGAAGGUGGAAGGGAGUGGCAAUAUGCAGGACAGGAGGGGGCGUUGGUAUUGUCGGCGGAUAAGGCAAAGGGGGCUUUGUCGUUCAAGAUGAUUGAUCUGACGGGGCGAGGAGUGGUCUGGGAGCAUGAAGUCCCAAUCGAGGUGGAGUAUAAUCAGGACAAGCCGUUCUUUCAUUCCUGGCAGGGCGAUGACGCCUCAUACGCCUUCAUCUUCCCAAACGAACAAGAAGCCAACGAUUUCUACAAGAAAGUAGCCAAUCGAGCUAAAUACGCCGUCAAGAUGAAGGAUAAAAAGGACACCAAAGAAGCACGGGCGGAAGAGCGGGCCAGAGAGAAGGCCGACAAGGCGGGUGCGGCUGCCGUGGCUCAGUCUUCGUCGUCGUCCCCUGCUAAGUCAUCGCCUUUGAGAAAGAAGAAGACUACCGCGAAAGCGUUCGAUAAGAGCAUGAUUUCCGCGCCUAAAUCCGAGUCUUUCCAGCACCUCGCACAUAUGGGAUACGAUUCCCAAAAAGGCUUCUCAUCCGUCGGUGUCGACCCAACCUGGAAAGCGCUGCUCGAACAGCUGAGCAUGAAGGGUAUCUCGGCGAAGGAUAUCCAGGAGAAUGAGCAGUUCAUCAAGGACUUCGUGGAACAGUCUGGCGGUAUCGAAGCUGCCACAGCCGCUGCAGCUCGCAAGCCUCCGCCUCCACCCGCACCAACCUCGAGGAGAAAGCCUGCUCCACCACCACCGGCAUCUCGUGCCCCUCCUCCACCAUCUCGACCUCAGUCUGGGUUCUCAGCCGCGCCGAUGGCUCCGCCUCCGCCACCACCGCCACCCCCUGGCCGGUCCGCACCCACCGCACCGAUGGCGCCUCCACCACCUCCCGGUCGAUCUGCACCCGCAGCUCCCAUGGCUCCACCUCCACCACCCCCUCCUCCAGGCCGGUCGGGCGCCCCUCCCCCUCCUCCACCACCUCCAGGCCGCUCUGGUCCCCCUCCACCACCGCCGCCGCCCGGGCGCUCCAGCGCAGCCCCUCCCCCACCCCCUCCGCCAAGCGGUGGCGCACCCCCUCUUCCACCCGCAGCAGCCGGCGGCCGAUCCGCUCUCCUCGCUUCUAUCCAAGGCCAGGGAAUGUCUAAAUUGCGUAAAGUGGACGACAGCGAAAAGAAGAUCUCGCCUCUUGCGGGUGCCGCCGCAGUCGGGGUCGGAGCGGGUGGAGCAGCGGCAGUCGUCGCUGCGACAGAGGACACGCCGGACUUGGCCAGUAGUUUGGCGCAGGCGCUGGCGAAGAGGAAAGAUAAUAUGGGGGAUAGUGAUGAGGAGAGCAGUGAUGAGGACUGGGACUAG